AUGGACGUUGGUGAAGCGGUGGAAACAUUCAGCGUUCAUCCUCGAAUAGUAUUUUUACAUUGCAUGGAAGUUGCCAUACGAUUACCUGGCAUUUUUCUAUUCGAGCUUUGGUGGCGUAGUCGAGAUAUGCACUUUAGUACUGAUUUAUUCAAGCAGUCAUUUUCAUCAUAUUUGGAAAUGGAUCAAAUUAUUGAAUUUAUUCAAGUGGGGGAUUUUGAUCGAACUGGGGCACAGAUACUGAGCUAUACAGUUGUGCUUAUAUCAUUUAUGUUUUUUCUUCUUCCUCUCUACAAACUUGUCCAAGUUUAUUUCCACAUACUUUCAUUACUGCUGUUUUCUGUGGCACAUUAUCUCUCAUCUCGAUAUGUUCAACUGGAGCAGAAUGGUGAUCCUGAUUUGAAAUUGGAAAAUGAUAUUGCACGAGUUACGCUUGCAGUUUUUUUGAUACCAAUAAUUGCUCGAAUGUGUUCAGUGCCUAUUGAUCGCUUAAUCAUUGCUCAUAAUGUGGCUUGUUUUCUGGCAGUAUUGGUAAUUUGCAUAUAUGUUUUAAACAAAGCUUCAGUUCUGCUACUGUCUAUGCGUCAUUUAGUGCGCUACCUUAAAGCUAUCGUAAUUCUGCAGGGUAUUGGAGGAGGUGCUGCUAUUUUGUGGUAUCGUUUACGGCUCGCAGAAAUAUUAAUCUCAGCAUGGUUAAUAAUGUUUUUUGUUCGAGUAUAUAUACAUUUAACUGGAAAAGGAAGAGAUUUUGGUGAAAUUGGUGCAAUAUUCCUAGCAUCAGUGGCAGAAAGCACAAACACUCCGCUGUCAUUGUUAGCACUGGCAUUGACUGUGAGCUGUUUUUGUAAGCAAAUUUUGACUAUUGCGGAGUGUACUGUUGGCGGACAACGAGGUCAUAGACAGGUUCUGGCCAACGGCGGCUAUACUGGAGCACUAACACUUACAUUGCUUUGUGCACAAACAGGCGUUCUCGGGAUGCGAACUGAGCAGAAAGCCUUCCUACUUGGGCUAGUUCUUUUCAUUGUUGUGUCUGCCUUGUUGCAAUCGUUAUACGAAAUUCUUGAACCACAAAUACUUGCGUUAGCUGCAAAUAGAUCGACGAACCGAGGUCAACAUAUGCGAUCUGUUUUUCUGGCUAUCAUUGUACUUGUGGCAUCCCUUUGUGCUUCCAUUGCUGUUACUCGAUUUCUACCCAUUGACUUGUGGUGUCUAAUAAUAGGUUCAAAUUGUUUGCUGACGGCACUACAUACGUUAUCAGCUCUCAUUGUGUAUGCCAUAUAUAGAUUGGAGACAGAGUCUAUGGAUGCAUGGGGACAAGCUGACUACGUCGUAUUCCUAUGCAAAACGAUUACUUGUGGUGUUGAAGUAUUACUUGCACUGAAUGUUGUUUGCUUCGGUAUUUUGACAUCCUUAAAAGGUCAUUGGACAUUAACAAGUCUGGCAGUUCUGGUGUUCUACAUGUAUUUUAGUGUUUGGAGGCGACUACAAGCUGGAAUUGUUAGGGUGCAAUCACGACGUGCAGCAUAUUCGAGCUUAUCACGACUGCCUCGUGUAUCCAAAGAAGCAUUGCAACAACGACGCGAUGCAUGUGCUAUAUGUUUGUCUGAUAUACUGGAAGAUGCACGCAUAACACCUUGCAAUCAUUUUUUCCAUAGUGAAUGCUUAAAAAAAUGGCUGUGUGUUAAACAGGUGUGCCCUUUGUGUUAUUCAGACCUCUGUAAAUGUAAGAUUCCUGAAGCGCUUGAACAGCUGUUUUUGGAAGAACGUCACAAUUUCAAUGCACCAGAAGAAAUAGAAGAUGGUAAUAGCGAGUCAUUUGGUACUGAAAAUCCUUCUGAAGAUGAGUAUUUUCCUUGGGAUGUUUUGAGUGGUUCUGUAUAUACUAUUAAUUAA